AUGGAUGGUAUAGAUGGUACAGAUCAUUUCACAGGAGGCGUCGAAGGCCCCUCGCCUUCAUGUCUCGUCAUUAUCCUCGACACCAAUCCACACGCCUGGGCACUCCUCUCCUCCACACUCCCUCUCUCCAAAGCUGUAGCCAAUCUCCUCGUCUUCAUAAACGCCCACCUCGCCGUCAAUAAUGCCAAUCAAGUGGCCAUAAUAGCCAGCCAUUGUCACCGCGCAGUAUGGCUCUAUCCAGCACCCCCCUCUGCCUCAGAAGACAUAGAAAUGGGUGGUUCAACUACUCACGGCCCUCCCAAUGAUGCAAACAAAUACAGACAAUUUGCGCUCAUCGAAAAUACCCUCUUAAAUUCCCUGCGCAACUUAAUAUCUAGCACGACUGAACAAGAAGUUUCCACUACAACCACUACCCAAAUGGCCGGUGCCCUUACCCUCGCCCUCUCAUAUAUAAACAAACAAUCAUUAGCAUACAAUGACGUCUCAGCUUCCGACUCUAAACCAACAACCUCCGAUGUGAAUACUUCAGAUUCUAGCAUCGGUCUGCAAUCAAGAAUUCUCGUACUCUCUGUAUCCGGCGAUCUCGCACAUCAAUAUAUUCCCAUAAUGAAUACUACAUUCGCCGCACAACGUAUGCGGAUCCCAAUUGAUAUAUUAAAACUCGCCGGUGAUACUGUAUUUCUACAACAAGCUAGCGACACUACAAGGGGAAUAUAUAUGCACCUAAAGAAUCCGCAAGGGUUAUUACAAUAUCUAAUGAUAGCAUUUUUGCCCGAUCAAACGAGUAGAAAGGAUUUAAUAGCACCAACACAGGAAGUGGUAGAUUUUAGAGCUGCGUGCUUUUGUCAUAGAAAGGUGGUGGACGUUGGUUUUGUGUGCAGUAUAUGUUUAAGUAUAUUCUGUUCACCCCCCGAAGGAGCCAUCUGUCUAACCUGCUCCACGCACCUCUCCCUCGGAGACUACGGUUCCAAACCAGCCGUCGUCCCACGCAAAAAGAAGAAGAAGCGAAAGGUUAAUGGUGCAGGAGUCGAGACUGGCAGUGCUAGAGGUACUCCUGUACCUGGGGAAUAA